AUGGAGUUAUGUCGGUACAUCAAGAAUGUGAGACUGAAGAUGGAGGACGGCUUCCAAGUGGGCGAUGUUUUUGGAGUGCAAGACUUACGCCCAAAGAAUGACAAUGACGCCGAGGAGCAUUGGCUACGAGAAACUGAAGUUAGAAGAUCCUGUCGCUAUCAAAGGCGAUAUCAACGCGACGCACAAGUGGGUGAUGAUGAGAAAGCUGAUGAUGAGGCAAACAAAGUGCUUGUCGAUGUGCCAGAGAACUACCAGUGGCUCGGCAAUCUCGUAUCAGCCAUGAAUCACAACCAGGCAUACGCCGACGAUUAUGAUCUUCUCGAGCGAGCUGUUCUCGGAGAAGACGUACUACUUACACCGUGUCUUCUUUCUGCACAUAACUUAGAACGCCUUUGGAUUCGCUUUCCCAGAUCGCAGUUGGACGAAACUCACAGGAGCUUCUUGCUUAACAGUCUCGCCUACAAUGCUCAACAUGGUGGAUUCGCGAAGCUCAAAAUUCUUCAUCUUGAUAUACACCGCAACGACCUCGACUGGCCGGUCAGUAACGCGCUACCAUUUUUUCUUCUUCCGAAUCUGACCGAUCUUACCCUCGGUAAUUGCGGUAAAGUCGUUGGCGGCGGGCUCUGGUCUUUGCCGGAUCAAAUGUACUCUACGUUCAUAGGGAUACCUUGGGUAUGGCCUGUGCGCACUUCUCCCAUCACUAGAUUGUCGUUACUAUCUCCACGUUUCAGCGGUUCUAUAGCGGCAGAGAUGUUACGUGCUUGCAGAGCAAUCACUGAAUUUGAAGUGGUAUUGCCAUACGAGAUGUCACCCUACGACAUUACAUUUUACGAAGAUGUUGGCAUGGCCCUUGUAGAACAUGCCGACACUCUUACCAGAUUAUCACUUGGAGAUCAGUCGGAAAUCUUUGACCUGAACCCCUGGGGAAGACCAGACAAAUUCCGCACGGGUCCCCUCUUGACCUCGCUCACCUUCUUGCGAGCCCAAAUGUACACCCUCUUCGGCUAUGAUACCCCACCUUGGUAUAGUAUGAAAAGCACUCAGACUCUAUUGAAUGCUCUUCCGCCAACGAUUGAGGAGCUGUGGCUUGAUCUCCCCUGCAGGGCAUGGAACGUGGACAUGAGUCCGUACUUCACGGGUCUAUUCGAAGCUCACAAGAACGGGCAAUUUCCUCACUUGAAGCAAAUCUAUAUCUAUUGGUACCAAAGGAUCGAUCAUGCUUUCGACCGCAUCAACUACUACCUCAAGCACCUCAUGGGGAUUCGUCAGGAUGCAUUAACGCUCGCACCAGCCAUCACUUUCGACAUCUUUGUGCGAGUAGAUUGCGGGACUUGGGUUUCUCCUAACACUCAUUGGUUUGAAAAUCUGAUUCCCUAUACACAAUGUUUGCGUCUACCUCCACGAGUGGACUGCACCGGAUUUGUUUCAGAUGCUGAAGAUGGUCGGCGACAUUGCGUUGAAGGUAGUACGUGCCAGGUAUCCCGCCAAACACCAGAGGAGAUGCAAGACGACUUGGACCAUGGCUAUUGGAACACUGUUUCCAGAUGA